AUGCACAGUCAUUCGAAAAUAAGAUUCAUUACACAAUGGCGAUAUCUCAUGUUUAUAUAUAUACCAUUGUGAUUUUGGUUUGUAAAUCAAACACUGAAAAUAUCUAUUACGGAGAUUUGUGUUUGGAAUCGGCUGCGAACUUUAUGAAUGUUGAUGGUACUUCAAGGUGUGAAUACAAAGAAAGGGAUGUAAGGACAUUUUUAAAAAACGCAAGUAUUACCUGUCCCAAAAGGUGCAAGUUCACGAUGUCGAAUUCCAAUUCUAACGGAAAACGUGGAUUGAAAUUUCAGCUUUUUUUCAAUACCAAAAACGAAACAGUAGACGCUUGUGGAGCAAAUAAAAAUGGAAAAUUCAGGAAUAUAUAUAUCAACUGCUCAUCAUGGAAUGAUGAUGACCAUGCAGUUUGGGGAUCUGGAAACUGUCAGGAUAGUAAAGGGCAGUGUGACCGUAUAUCAACUGUAUGUGUCUGUCAUUGUCAACCGGGAUAUACAAUGGUGGAAAAUAAUUGUAAAAAUGCAAACAUUAAACUGAAUGAACCGUGUGAAUCCGAUACACAAUGUACCGGCACCGACACUUCCAGAAACUGUACUGGUGGUAUUUGUGUUUGUCAAGUUGGACAUGUAUCAAUCAACAACACCUGUCAUCAAGGUAAUAUAGCAUUAGGUCAUAACUGUGUAUCAGAUGUACAAUGCACGGGCACUCCAUGGGCAACAAAUUGUAGUGCUGGUCAAUGCACAUGUCAAGUAGGUCAUGUACCUGUAAACAACACCUGUCAUCCAGGUAAUAUAGCACUAGGUCAUAGCUGUGUAUCAGAUGUACAAUGCACGGGCACUCCAUGGGCAACAAAUUGUAGUGCUGGUCAAUGCACAUGUCAAGUAGGUCAUGUACCAGUAAACAACACCUGUCAUCCAGUGACUGAACGCCAAGGACAUAGAGCAGACGGCAACAAAAAGUCCCCGUUUGCGGCAAUUAUUGGCGGACUUUUUGCGGGUGUAGUUAUAGUGACUGUGUCUGCAUUCCUCAUUUAUAGAAGAUUUUGUCGUAAUGACACUACAAGAAAGGAGCCGGUAAUACGUUUCAAAAACCAUCAGUAUGAUACAAAUGGAGUUGAUGACAACACAACGCCCCUGAGAGAAACUAAACAGGAAAAUGCCGCCAACAAAAGUCCUCAUGACCACUCAGAAGAAGCGGUAGAUUACAGUCAUAUCUACGAUGAAACAAGGGAUGUACUUACACAAGAUGAUGUUUACCAUCAUUUAAACGAAGAAGAACAGAAAAAGGACGAUAACAACUACGACCACGCAAGCGCUGCAGUUGGUCACGUGACAAAUUUGAGUGAAUAUAGCCUUAUAAGCGACUUUAAAAAUGAUAGAACUGUGUCACUGACAGAAGAACAAGAUGAAUAUUUCGUCAUAGAACAAAGCUUUAGCAAAGAUGGCUAACAACUCAAAAGAUUGUUUUACCUGUAGAUAGUAUUUACGUUACAAAAGUUGUGCUUACUUUGGUUUUAUAUAGAUGUUUCAUAAAUAAGAGUUCAGUGUUGCGAUUAAAAUGUAUAAUAAUGGUGUCAUGCCUUGACUCCUUAUUCAAAUAGAAAGCAUUAUGUUUGUUUAAUUUCAAAGUUUUUUAACCGAUUCCCAACCCCUAUCUUGAUUUGAGUUUUUAUAUUUGAUUAUUUUUUUUAAUUCAUUCAAUCUUAAUACUUCUUUUAGUU